CUUCAACGCUAGCGGGACGGCACUGGCGAAGGACAUGUACUGCGCUCUCGCUGGCGACCAAGCCCCAGAGAGUUGGCGCAAGAUGUUCGUACAUAAUGAGGCAACCGCUUCCCUGAGCUUUGAGGCGAUGGAGCAAUUUUACUCCGACAAGAUCACUAGCGUCGACGAAGCCGCGACUCACAUGCACCUAGGUCAGGGCAUGAUCCAGAAAAUCAAGAUGAAGA